CAACAAAAAAUGGAUGUUGAUAUUGUUCCAGAAGCGAGAGAACAAACAUUUCUGUUUACAAGUGAAUCUGUGGGGGAAGGACAUCCAGACAAGAUGUGUGAUAUGAUUUCGGAUGCUGUUUUGGAUGCACAUUUAGAACAAGAUCCUAAUGCUAAAGUUGCUUGUGAGGUUGUUACAAAGACGGGAAUGAUUUUACUUUGUGGAGAAGUAACAAGUAAAGCACACGUUGAUUAUCAAAAAUUAGUUAGAGGGGUUGUUAAACAGAUUGGUUUUGAUGAUUCUAGUAAAGGUUUUGAUUAUAGAACUUGUAAUGUAAUGGUUGCAUUAGAGCAACAAGCAUCAGAAAUCGCUGCAGGUGUUUGGGAAAAUAGAUGUGACGAGGAUAUUGGGGCUGGAGAUCAGGGUUUAAUGUUUGGUUAUGCAACUGAUGAAACAGAUGAGGCUAUGCCUUUAUCUCUUCUUCUUGCACACCAAUUACAAGCUAAAUUAUGUAAAUUAAGAAAAGAAGGGGAAUUGGAAUGGUCUUUACCUGAUUCUAAAUCACAGUUAACAAUUGAAUAUAAAUUCAAUAAUGGAGCUUGUAUACCAAUUAGAGUACACACUGUGAGUUGUAAUGUCUGCCCAACACAAACAAUUCGAAAAUGA